AUGUCAGCUGCAAAGGAUCAGUUCACCCAUCGCUACCCCCCGUCUGGGUGGACUAUGCUGUUGUUUGGAGCAUGUCUGAUGCUGCUGUUCCCGGGGCUGUGGGCGGCGACCUUUAAGCUGGCUCUGAUUGGCCCUUGGUCAUGUGACCCGAUGUACUCGCGUGCCAUGGUGUCAACGGCGGUGAAUCUGGCGUUGUCACGGUUACGCAGAGACACAGGACUCAGCUACUGGUUUGACGUGACGGUGCUGGACGAGAGCUGCUCUGCCUCCAAAGCGCUGACGGAGCUGUCUGAGAUGGAGGGUUAUGGCCACGCCUACAUUGGCCCCUUUAAUCCAUCUCUGUGCCACGCUGCGUCCUUAUUGGCUGAGCAUUGGGAGGUGGGACUGGCCUCACCUGGGUGUCUGGAUGAUGAUUGGCCAAACCUUCCCCCGCUGACUCCGCCCACUAAGGUUCUGUUCACAGUUUUACGUCACUUUGGCUGGGCGCACGUUGGCAUCAUCACAGCUCCCUCAGAGCUGUGGAUGGGCACUGGGGAGGAGUUGGCGUCAGGCCUCCGGGCUUUGGGUUUACCCGUCGCACCGGUCGUAUCCAUGGAUACAACAGGUCAACCGCAAGACGCGCUGAGGGCCAUCAGAGAGACGGACCAAGUCAAAGUGGUUAUCCUGUGCAUGAGCUCACUGCUGAUUGGAGGAGAAGACCAGAAAGAGCUCCUAUUGGCUGCUCUGGACAUGGGCAUGAUCUCAGAUGGAUAUGUUUUCAUCCCGUAUGAUGCGCUGCUGUAUGCCCUACCCUACCAGGGAGUGUCAUAUGCUCAGCUGACCAACAGCACCCGCCUCCGUCAUGCCUACAGCGCAGUCCUGACCGUAACCAUGGCGUCGGACCAGAGUUUCUAUGAAGUAUUCAGGGACGCACAAAUAAACCGAGAAAUAAGAACAUCUGUCUCUCCGACUGAGGUCUCUCCUCUCUUUGGCUCAAUCUAUAACAUGGUGCACUAUGUGGCAAACGCAGUGGAGGAGCGACGCAAAGCUGGAGGCGGGCGCUGGGUCAAAGGGAACUCUAUCGUCCAAUCAGAAGGAGGCUUUUCCUUCCAGGGAUUCAACCAGCUGUUGUACGGGGGCCGGUCUGGACUCGGUCUUCAGGCCCGAUUCCUGGUUCUGGACUCUGACGAGGAUCGAUUUGUGCCAACACACAGCCUGGAAGCGGCGCACACAGACGGUCAGAUCGGAGGACUCAGAGAAAUGUCAUAUUCCUUCACUUUCCCCGGAGGAAAACCAGGCAGCGCCGCGUUUUGCUGGUUCAGCCCAGACUACGCCUGCAGCCCAGGACUGGACUCGGCCUCAGCGUUCUUUCUGCUCCUGGUUAUCUGCGCUGUGACUGGAGGAUUUCUUGUUUGGUUUAAGAAGUACCGCCGAGCGUCCCGAGCCUCGAAACUGGUCUACAGCCUGAACGACAUCGUCUUCAUCGACACGCAGAUCUCCAAGAAGAAACUGAACGAUGAGUCUAUAAUGAAGAGUCUGGUGGACAUGAAAACGCCGCUCAGGUCCAUCGCUCGUAGCUACAUCCUGUGCACUCCGGAGAGCUCCAACGUGGGAAUGCUAGAGGGUGACUGUGUUUGGCUGAAGAAGAUUCCGGUGGGAAAAGGCCUGACAGCGAUAAACUCAAGCACCCGAAACCUGUUCAGUCAGCUGAGGGAGAUGCGUCAUGAGAACCUGAACUUGUACCUGGGCCUGUUCCUGGACUCUGAGAUGUUUGCGUUGGUGGUGGAGCACUGUCCCAGAGGAAGUUUGGCGGAUUUACUCGCAGACAGUGACAUGAGACUGGACUGGAUGUUCAAGUCCUCUCUACUCAUCGACCUCAUCAAGGGGAUGAAGUACUUGCACCUGCGCGGCCUGAGCCACGGGCGGCUGAAGUCCACAAACUGCCUGGUCGACGGCCGCUUCGUUCUAAAAAUCACUGAUUAUGGACUUCCCAUGAUCCUUCACUCUCAGGGUCUACCUGUUACAGAAGACUAUCAGGGCCUUUUGUGGACUGCCCCUGAGUUGCUGAGGAAUCCCGUCAGAGGGGGCUCUUAUGCUGGGGAUGUUUUCAGCUUCAGCAUCAUCAUUCAGGAAGUCAUCACCCGGACGCUUCCCUACGCCAUGAUGGACAUGCCAGCACAUG